AUGGAGACUCCGAAUAAAAAAAGGCCUCGAUGGAACAGCGACCGAGUCAUUUUACAAUUCGACUACGACUGCUUCUACGCCCAGGUCUUUGAGAACAAAAACCCGGCACUCAAGAAGUUACCGGUGGGCGUCAAGCAGAAGAAUUGCCUGGCGACAUGCAACUACAAUGCUCGUGCCCUUGGCCUCAAGAAGCUUAUGUCGGUUUCCGAGGCCAAGCGUGUGUGCCCGGAGCUUGUCCUGAUGGAUGGUGAGGAUCUCACGCCAUUCCGCGAUACGAGCAAAAUUCUCUUCAACUAUUUCAAGACCUUUUCGUGGAAUCACAAGGUUGAGCGCCUUGGGUUUGAUGAGAUCUUCAUGGAUGUCACAGAUAUCGUCGAAUACAACCUGUUUUGCCUCAACAAGGCAUCCCUAGCAAACUCGUUCUUUUGCCUUUCGAAAAAAGAUCCGGAGCGGGGCUUUCAGUGCGAUCUGACUAGCAUCGCGGGCUGUGUCCAGGACACAGCCUCCCAGGACCUUGACACUGAGAGUCCCGCUUACCUGCGCCUCCUCCUGGGCUCGCAUCUUGCCCAAUUCUUGCGUCUCCAAAUAGAAGAGAAAUUUGGGUUUACAUCAACUUGCGGCAUAGCAUCCAACAAGAUGCUCAGCAAGCUCGUGGGUGGCAAGAAUAAGCCCAGGAACCAGACGACGCUGCUGGCCUUGACCCAGGACGAGGCCAUCGCAUUUCUGGAUGACCAUAAACUUAGAAAGAUACCUGGUCUGGGUUUCAAAACUGUCGAAGUUCUGGGGGGUCAUGUGGGUGCUGACAUGAGUGAGGCCAUCUCAGAAAUGCCGGAAUUGCGAGACGUGCCUGUAACUGUAGGCCAAGUCCGGCUUCAUCCCAACAUCUCACCUGGGACAAUAGAGACUCUACUCAUGGGCCCCGGUGCCGAAAGGGGCGUAGGAUCUAGAAUAUGGGGUUUGCUUCACGGUGUCGACCCGACUGAGGUCAAGGAGGCUAGCGACAUGCCAAGCCAGAUCAGUAUCGAGGACACCUAUAAAGGCCUGGAAACCAUCCCGCAGAUUGCAGAAGAGCUCCACAAGCUAUCUUGCUCGCUGGUUAGGAGAAUGAGGGUGGACCUGCUGGUUCCCGAUCAGAACUCUGACGUUCCGGGUUCUCAAAGAUGGAUCGCUCGGCCAAAGACGCUGCGGCUCUCGGUCAGAUCCUGGGCACAACUACAAUCAGCUCAAAGCCACAACUCCGGACGGGUUUCUAGAUCGUCACCCCUUCCCAGUUUUGUCUUUGAUGUUAAAGAUGACAUCGACCGCAUUGCGGAGCGGCUCGUUUCGGAGGCUCUGCUACCGCUUCUGCGGCGCCUUUCGCCGGAAAAGGGGCAUCGGUGGAACUUGCAGAUGCUCAAUAUUUGCGUGGCGAAUAUGGUGGCUGGUGCGGCGGACGACAAGACGGGAGCAGGCAGGGACAUCUCUGCCAUGUUUAGGCGUCAGGAUGAAGUGCUGAGGCCGUUCCAGGUAAUUCCAGAUCAGGAGGAUAAGGUAGAGGAGCCUGCGAGAUCGGAGGACGAGUGUGACAACGGCGAUGAGGAGGCGACGGGUUGGAGCAUGGAGGAGAAUGUUUCAUGUCCUAUUUGUGGACAUGCGAUCCCCCCGUUUGCUGUAGCAGCGCACCAGAGAUACCACGAAAUGGGAGAAGAAUGA